GUGAAAGAAAACAUUGAAAACAAUCAGGAAAGACAGAAACAACAAUACAGAAAAAGUAAAGGAGCUGUAGCAAACUCUAUCCAGAUUGGACAGACUGUUUUACAAUUAAAUAUGCUAAAAAGGACAACGAAAGGUCAUAAGAUGGAAGACACCUGACUUGGACCAUACAGAGUUAUAGAAAUGACUGCAUCUGGUGGCUGUGUCCUUCGUUGCAUCAAAACUAAUUCAACAAUGAAGCGCAAAGUUAAUAUUAGUCAGCUGAAGAUCUACACUACACCACAGAAGUCUUUUGAAUUGACUAAUGCGACAAGCAAAGAUGACGAAUCAGCUGCUACUAGGAUUAAGGGCAACAGGAAGCCAAAUUUCUCAGAUUUAGAACGUCAGCUAUUUGAUCAAAGUCUAUUACGGCUGUGGCGCACAGGAGCAAUAUGGGAGGCUUGCAAAGCUGAAGAAGACGACGAGAGAGAGGUAUGCUUACAUCUAGCUACUGGCACAAAUUGAUUAGCUAUGUUAUGGUUACUGCAUGUACUUUGUGUUUUGCAGCUUGCUGAACAUACAAGCUCUGUUGAAGAAUGUUGGCUUAGUGUCAAUGUAGACGUGGCUCUGUGGCUAGACUGUCGAACAUAUGAGAAAAAGCCAACAUUAAAACGAGUUAGUGAUUUUGUGCUAGUAAAUCCUGUUGUUCAUCAAGAGUUCAAUGAUUUUUGCAAAAGCUGAAAUAACACCAGAAUUGCAAUUACUACUAGACGUGGACUUGAUUAAGGUCUGGGAAACUGACAAAGCACUCUCACUGCCAAGGGUGUCUCGAUAUCAAAACGUGUAUGUCAACAUCAGCAGCUCUCAACUUGAUGACCUAUGCAUGUGGGUAUAUGAUAUGAGAAAGCUGUAUAACAGUAAAGGAAGAAGUUUGUUUGAGGUAGUUAAUAAGAGAGCAAGUAUGCCUCAAACAUUGUCUAGUCUAACAUCAGCUGCCGAGAGUUCACAAAGAUGGAUACAUGGUCUGGAUCUCAAUGAAACUGAUAAAUGUAUUAUACAAGGCAAGUGUGCCGACGGCUUUCUAACUGACAAGCACAUGCAUGCUGCUCAUCAGCUUCUAUUAAAGCAGUUUCCCUACAUCAGUGGACUAGAGUCAACACUCCUUUGCCAGACUUACGGAUUCGCUCAUGUAACAAGUGAUGCUAUUCAGAUUCAUUUUACAGGAAGUCAUCAUUGGGUGACUUCAACCUGCUUUGGCAAACAAGUACAACUAUACGACAGCAAUGCUGGCCUACACUUGUCUCCUUGUAUGGAAACACAGCUGGCACAAAUUUAUCAAUUGGCUCACAAAGACAACAUUCUCAUGGUAGAACAAAUGCCAGUGCAACAGCAACAAAAUGAUAAAGAUUGCGGGCUAUUUGCAAUAGCAUAUGCAUUUCAUGCAGCUCUAGGAGAUGAUGCAACCAUCAAGCAUUUUGAUAUUUCCAAAAUGCGACAACAUCUGAUUUACUGUUUGGAUCGAGAGGAGCUCUCACCUUUUCCAAUGGAAGAAGACAAGCCAUUGGAAACAUGUGACAGAAGUCACUUUUAUAUUUCUCUGUACUGCACGUGUUUGUUGCCAAAGACACAUGGCAAGAUGGUAGAGUGUUACGUCUGUGAAAACUUGUAUCAUGACAGAUGUGUCACAUUGUCAGGUAGUGAGCCUUGGAUUUGCGCUAAAUGUAGAUAAAUGUCUUGCUAUACACAGCUUCAGUAUUAAUUUGUUCAAUUAAUACAUCAACUUUAAAUAUACAAAGUUGAA